CAAUGGCGCGGCAUUGUGUGUCGGGGCUCUAGGCGGGCGGGCGGCCGGCCGGGGGUGGGGGGGAACAGAGCGGCCCGGGCUUCGGGGCGGAGGGACGAGAGCGCCAGCGCCGUCGAUGAGAGCCUUCCAGCAGCCGCGGGAGAGAUGACAGCGGAGCCGCGGAGUGAAAGCAAGCUGAAUACAUUAGUACAGAAGCUUCACGAAUAUCUGGCUCAGUCAACAGAGCAAGGUGAAGAAACCCUCUCCUCUCCGGAACUGUGCGUAAAUCAAGCAUCAGGUGAAGGGAACCCGGCUCUUUUUUCUAUUUCACGUAUGGAGCAUAAGGAGGUGUCCAGUCAAAAAUCAAAGUCUUCGGGAUCAUCCCGUUCUAGAAGGAAACCCUCUUUUGUAACAAAGCACAUUGUAUCAGAUGAUGAAACAUCAAAUGACAAUACAUCUGAUUGUGAAAAACUAACUUCAAAUAUUGAGGACACAGACAAUUUAGAUGUGAAUUGUUUGCCUAAAGGCACAGUAGUUGUACAGCCUGAACCAGUAUGGAAUGAAGAUAAAGAUAACUUUCGAGGACCUGAAUUUAGAAACAGAAAUCCUAAGAACAAAAUGGAAACAUCUAAGAAACGUGGAGAUGAAAAUCUGCAAGGAAUAGUCAGCUGCACUGCUUGCGGGCAGCAAGUAAACCACUUUCAUAAGGAUUCAGUCCAGCGGCAUCCUGCACUGAAAGUUCUUAUUUGUAAGAACUGUCAUAAGUACUAUAUGAGUGAUGACAUUAGCAGAGAUGCUGAUGAUAUGGAUGAACAGUGCAGAUGGUGUGCUGAAGGUGGAAAUCUGAUUUGUUGUGACUUUUGUCACAAUGCAUUUUGUAAAAGCUGCAUAUUGCGUAACCUGGGUAGAAAAGAACUUUCCAAUAUUAUGGAUGAAAACAAAAAGUGGUACUGCUAUGUAUGUAAUCCAGAGCCUUUACUGGAUUUGGUCACAGCUUGUGACAGUGUAUUUGAGUGUCUUGAUCAGCUUUGGCAGCAAAACAAAAGGAAGAAAGACUUCGAAAAGUUUAAAUUUGACAAUGAGAAAUGCAAGUCUCCAGGCCCUCAUGACAGUGACAAGUCUGUAGAUCAAGAUUAUAAAAAUACUCAAAGAAUUUCCAGUAAAGAUUGUAAUGGACAGGAAAAAGAUACAAGUUCAUUGAAGAGUCUUUCUUCAGGAUCUGGAACUAUUACAUAUUCCUACAAGGCAUUGAAAGUACCAAAAGAGAUUCUGAAGAAGGCUCGCAAACUAAUUGAUACAACUGCUAACUUGAAUAUUAGCUUUGUUAAUUUUUUAAAACAAAAAGACUUGGGUGAGUCUGAGCCUAAUGUAAACAUGAGACAAUUGAGAGCUUUUAAAUCUGUGCUUGGUGAUCUAAAGAAAGUACAUCAUGCAUUGGAGGAGGUUAUAGAUAAAGAAAUUCAAGACUUGGAAACGGAGCAAAAAAAAUCUUCUGAAUCCUUACAAGAUUGUGUUAUCAAAGGUGAGGCACAGAAAUCCACUAAAAAUGAGAAUAAUGCAGUACCUGGUAAAACAAUUGCAGAAAAAUCAGUUUUGACAGAAGACAAAUCUGAUCAAAUGGAAGUGACUUUGGUUUCAAGUGAACUUGAUAAGGCUACUGAAGAUGAAAAAAUAAAGACAGACAAAGAUAAAUUAAUGCUUAAUCCAGCAGUAAAUAGUAUUGCUAAUGACUGUUCGUUAAGUGACCCUUUGGACAAAAACAAUUCUGAUGCUCCACAAGGGAGCUCAAGCGAGGGGCUUGAAUCAGAAAUGACAGAAGCCACUUUACUUAACAGUUUAGAUGAGGCAUUGCAUAUGGGAUGUGUUUCUUCACUAACUGGAGGUUUGUUUGAGGCUUCUGACUCAUUGCUACCAGAUAUGGAUACAGUGAGUAAUUCUGCAAAUCAAUGUGCAAUGCCAGAUACUGUGUUAUCAAAUGCACCUGUUGAAAGUCGUAAUAAUUCAGAAAAAUCUUCAGAGUUUGACUCUGAUUCGAGUACAAAAUGUUCAGUGAAACGUGAAAUUUCAACAAAAUUGUCCUCUGUUUCACAGAAGAAGGGUAAGAAAACAGCACAGGGUGUACGUGGGAAAAAAUUGCCGAAGAGGAGUAAACGAGGUGUAGUUGAGGCAGGGGGUGGUGGUGAUAGUGAAGCGGAGGCUGGGGCAAAUGAAGCUGAGUCUGCAGGGCAUGAUGACAAAGAAGUUGAGGUUCCUGGGGAUAUUGGCAGUGAUGCAGAGGCUGCUGGGGAUGGGAGUGAAGGUGAGGCAAUGAGGGAUAAUAAUGAUGCUGGUGAAGUUGAUGACAAUAGUGGUGCUGAAGUUGCAUCAGCAUCUGAUACAGGUGAAGAUAAGGACCAUGAUACUGGAGAAGACAGUGGUGAUAGAAAUGGUAGCCAGGUUAAUAUAGGGCUUGGGGAUGGCAUCAGUGCUGCAGGCAGUAUAAUUAAAAACAAAAAGAUAGCAGAGAAAUCUCAAAUGAGCAAAACAAAUUUUACAAAAAGAAGGAAGAAAAAAUCCAAUGAAGAAAAUGUUGAAAACGAUACUGCAAAUGAUGCAUUGGUUCUGUCGGAGGACCCUGAUACAAAGCGCUCACCUCGUAUAAAGACUACACCCCUAAGACGUCCUGGAGGGGCAGGGACUGUCAAUUCUAGAUCAGAGGAAGACACUGAUAGUGGUGGUGACAAAAAACGUAGGAAAUUAAAAAAUAAAUCAAAGGACAAUGAAAAAGUAAAUUCUUCAGGCAAAGUCAAGACUGGCCGAUCAAAAUCAUCAAAUGAGAGUGUCAAAUCUGAGAUGGAAGAAUCUGAUCCUAAUAAAUCAGAUACAUUGCAUAAACCUGGUGAACAAAUUACCUCUGAUUCUGAUGAGAUACCAGAGGUGCUGAGAAAGGCAGCAGUGAAACAUGAUAGUUCAUCUGAUGCUGAUAAUAAGGAUAGUGAUUCAUCACAAAAAGGUAAAAAGACAAGGUUGUUCGACCUGAGAAAACGAAUGCCACGAGCAAAUAGCACAGAUGGUCUUAAACGGAAGAGGAAGUGUUCGACCUCCAGUUCAGAUGUUGGUGGAAAGGAAAGAAAAAGAACUAGUAAAAGGACUUGCGUUAUUAAUAAAAAAAGACGACAUCAUUCUGACUCCUCCAACUAUGAUUCUGACCUAGAAAAGGAAAUCAAGAACUUGAGUAAAAUCAGUGCUGCAAAAAAAUCAUCUUCAAAGAAAGCAAAAAAGCAGGCAACUGAGGAAGAUGAGGAUGAUUCAUUCAAAGAUGAUGAGAAAGCUUCUGCAAAAUCUGUUCAAGAGAAGACAACGCGAUUGAAACGCAAGAAAAGAGCUAUGGAAAGAAAGCAAACCUCUUCAUCCUCGUCAGAUGGUGACGAAGCAGCUGAGCAAAUGGACAAGCAUGAUCUUCCUGGAGAAGGAAGCAGCGAUGAACAAAAAAUACAGCCUAUCAUGGAAAAUGUUCUGCUUGCGACUGGAUCUCGAUUUUGCCAGUCAUCAGGUGAUGAAGCAGAAGGCAAUUCAAAAAAUAUCACCCAGUGCGCCAGUGACGAUUAUGACGAUGAUCCUGAGAAUAGAAUUGCCAAGAAGAUGCUAUUGGCAGAAAUAAAUGCAAAUUUAUCAUCUAAUGAUGAUAAAUCUUCAGAGGAAGAAUCUGAAGAAGAGAAGAAAUCUGACCAAAGAAAUGAACAAGAUGAAGAAGAAAAUGAUGAAGAGGAAGCUGAAGCUGACUCAGAUUCAGACUCUGACUUUGAAAUGACAAAGAAGCCACGUUAUAGGCAUCGGCUCUUGAGGCAUAAACUCUCAAUGAGUGAUGGUGAAUCUGGAAAUGAAAAGAAAGUCAAAGUCAAAGAUGGAGCAAAGGAGGGCACGCGCAAGAACAGAAGGAAAGUAAGUAGUAAUGAAGGUACUACUGAAGAAGAGAGUGACUCUGAUUUUCAGGAAUCUCAAUGUAGUGAAGAGGAAAGUGAUUCUGAUGAUAAACGGAAACGUCCAAGGACAAGAGCAUCAAAAAAAGAGGCAGAGGAAAGCCAGCGCAGCUACUUGCUGAAAAAGAAAAGAAGGCGAAUUAAAGUUCAGGAAAACUCAUCAAGUGAAAAGAGCAACUCAGAAUCUGGUGAUAAAAGUAAUAGUGAUGAUGAAGAAAAUGAAGAUGAUAUAAAAUCCCCUGCAAAAGGUCGGAAGAAGAUAAGAAAGAUUUUGAAAGAUGUCAAUUUGCGAACGGAGACUCAAAAUGCCCUAAAAGAAGAGGAAGAUAGAAGAAAGCGCAUUGCUGAUAGAGAAAAAGAGAGGCAGAGGUUGAGAGAGCAGGUAGAAGUAUUGGAAGGUGCAUCGCCUAUACAGUGUCCAAUAACCACUAAACUGAUCCUUGAUGAAGAUAAGGAGACAAAAGAAUGCCUUGUCCAAGUCCAUAGAAAUUUGGUGCGAAAACUGAAACCCCAUCAAGUGGACGGUGUACAGUUUAUGUGGGACUGUUGCUGUGAGUCAGUGAGCAAGGCCUUAAAAGAGCCAGGCUCAGGGUGCAUAUUGGCACAUUGCAUGGGACUUGGAAAGACAUUGCAGGUUGUGACCUUUUUGCAUACUGUGCUGUUAGCUGAGAAACUUGAAUUCAGAACUGCUUUAAUCGUUUGCCCACUUAAUACUGUGUUGAAUUGGAUCAAUGAAUUUUCAAAAUGGCAGGAAGGACUGGAUGAUGAUGAAUGCUUGGAGGUUAAUGAAUUAGCGACAGUUAAGCGUCCUCAGGAGAGAGCCUACCUUCUUGAAAGAUGGGUGGAGGAUGGAGGUAUAAUGAUUCUAGGUUAUGAAAUGUAUCGAAAUCUUGCACAAGGCAGAAAUGUAAAAAGCAGGAAGAUGAAAGAAAUGUUCCAGAAGACUUUAGUAAACCCUGGUCCAGACUUUGUCAUUUGUGAUGAAGGACAUGUACUUAAGAAUGAAGCUUCAGCCAUAUCAAAAGCAAUGAAUUCUAUCCGAACAAAAAGGAGGAUUAUUCUUACAGGGACACCAUUACAAAAUAAUCUUGUUGAAUAUCACUGUAUGGUGAACUUCAUUAAAGAGAACCUUCUUGGCUCAAUAAAGGAAUUCAGGAACAGAUUUAUGAAUCCCAUUCAGAAUGGACAAUGUGCAGAUUCAACUUUAGUGGAUGUAAGAGUAAUGAAGAAACGUGCCCACAUCUUGUAUGAAAUGUUGGCAGGUUGUGUGCAACGCAAAGAUUAUACUGCACUUACAAAAUUCUUGCCUCCAAAACAUGAGUAUGUUCUUGCUGUGAGAAUGAUGCCACUUCAGUGCAAACUUUAUCAGUACUACCUUGACCACUUCACAGGUGUAGGAACUAGUACUGAAGGUGGAAGGGGUAGAGCCGGAACAAGACUCUUUCAAGAUUUUCAGGUUUUGAGUAGGAUUUGGACCCACCCUUGGUGUCUUCAGUUGGACUACAUCAGUAAAGAAAACAAGGGUUACUUUGAUGAAGACAGUAUGGAUGAAUUCAUUGCAUCAGAUACGGAUGAGACCUCAAUGAGUCUUUCCUCUGAAGAUGAGAAAAGUAAAAAGAAGAAAAAGCGUGGAAAGAAAAAUGAAAGCAGCUCUAAGGAGAGUGGCAGUGACAACGAUGUAGAGGUGAUCAAGGUCUGGAAUUCAAGAUCACGUGGUGGAGGAGAAGGAAGUAUGGAAGAGAAACCUGUAGAGUCUGCUGUAAAAACUGAUGAUGCAAAGCCUUCCACUGGUUCCAAUCCAGGUAGUCCUUCAGCUGACUGGUACAAAGAAUUCAUUACUGACGCUGAUGCGGAGCUAGUUCACCAUUCUGGAAAAAUGGCCAUCUUAUUUGAAAUUCUAUAUAUGUCAGAAGCAAUUGGGGAAAAAGUACUUGUCUUCAGUCAGUCACUGAUUUCACUGGAUUUAAUAGAAGAUUUUCUGGAGAUAGCAAAUAGAGAAAAAACAGAUGGCAAAUCUGAUAUUUAUAAAGGUGAUGGGAAGUGGUACAGAAACAUCGAUUACUAUCGAAUGGAUGGAUCCACAAGUGCACAAACAAGGAAAAAGUGGGCUGAAGAGUUCAAUGAUGUAACAAAUGUCAGAGGCCGUCUAUUCAUCAUUUCCACAAAAGCUGGUUCACUGGGGAUUAAUCUUGUGGCUGCCAACCGUGUCAUAAUUUUUGAUGCCUCUUGGAAUCCAUCUUACGAUAUCCAGAGCAUCUUUCGUGUGUAUCGUUUUGGACAGAUAAAGCCCGUCUUUGUGUACAGAUUCUUGGCUCAGGGAACCAUGGAGGAAAAGAUUUAUGAUCGUCAAGUAACAAAACAGUCACUUUCAUUCCGUGUAGUCGACCAGCAACAGAUUGAACGUCACUUCACAAUGAAUGAGUUGACUGAACUCUACACCUUUGAACCAGAUCAGCUAGAUGAUCCAAACUCUGAAAAGAAGAAGAAAAGAGAUACUCCUGUUUUGCCCAAGGAUCAUAUUUUGGCAGAAAUACUUCAAAACAGGAAAGACUACCUUGUGGGUUAUCAUGAACAUGACUCACUUCUGGACCACAAGGAGGAGGAAGAACUGAGUGAGGAGGACCGUAAAGCAGCAUGGGCUGAAUAUGAAGCAGAAAAGAAGGGUCUCUCCUUACGAACUAAUAUCACAACUGGGACUAAUUUCCCUGGUGCCAAUUUCAGCUUGCAAGCUACACAUUUUCCUUUCAACAUAGCAACUUUAUCCGCAAUGAGUAAUCAACAGCUGGAGGAUCUUAUCAACCAAGGCAGAGAGAAAGUAGUUGAAGCCAGUUCUAGUAUAGCAGGUGUGAGAGCAGAGGCUCUUGAGGACCUCAUUGCACAAGUGUGGAAAGAGAAUCCCAACCUGACUGAAGAACAGGUUCAAGCAGUGUCACUCACAAAGCAAGCAACCCAAGAGUUGGAAAUAAAACGUCGAGAAGCUAUGUACAAUGAUAUCCUUUCAAAGCAGCAGCUGCUAAUACGUUCAGUGCAACAGAUAUUAAUGAGCCGACGGCAGCAGCAGAUCAACCAGAUGGCACAACAGCAGCAGCAACAGUAUCCAAUGACACCACUUUUAAACCAGUUUCUGUCUUCAAGAAACCCUGGCCCGAUACUUGGUUAUCCACACUUGGGUUUAAGAGGACUGUCUAUGUACCCACAAACUGCGCCUGGCAUACGGCCACCCCCUUUACAGAGAGCACCACCUGCACCCAUGCAGUUGAAGGGGCAGUCUCCUGGCCCCCCACAACUGAAACAAGGAAUAAAAAAUUCAAAGAAAUAGCCAUUAUAAUAAGAGAUUUUACCAGAAGACACAAACAUAAUAUUGUGCCUUUGCUAUGGUAGCAAGCACAUUUCUGAACUGAAGAAAAACAAGUGACCAAUUUAUAACUGGGACACUACUUGAGUGCAUAGAAUCAUGCUGAGAUACUCAGUGGUAACUGUCAUAGGAGAUUCCAAGGAAUCUUAACAUUGUGUAUAUAGCCUUAAUAAAUAUGUGACUGGUGUGGAGGAGAACCAGUUUUCUUCCAAUAUUUUUUUCUUUCUGCCAGUUUUGUUUAAUUAUGAUGUAUCAGAGCAAUUUGAAAUUCUUUGGGGAGGUGGGAAGUUGAGAGUCCAGAACUCACUGACCAAUGAAAAUGUAUUUAAAUUAUCAUUUUUUUCACAUGCUUCCUAUAUCACAGGAAUAAGCCCAAGUUGACAAAAGGACAAUUCAUUAUUGUUGCCCCUUCCAGAAAUAGUUUUGGGUGAUAAUGCUUGCGUGUCUCAGAACUAACAAGUCAAGGUUUUUCCGCCAUGACCUUUUAUUCUUAAACCUCUUGUUCCAAAACAGUAACAUUUCUGAAUUGCUGAAACUUCUAGAACUGGUUUAUCUUUGAUAAAUCAAGAUGCUGUUAUUUGCUAGUCUCAUUUGGAAAUUGUUAUGAAUGACAACUCAAAUUUCUGAAUAAAGCCUCCAUUCUCUUACAAAUUGAGAUUAAUUCUUUAGCAGUUCCACUGUGCAGUUUAUUGAUUUAGUGUAUUUUUUUUUUCAGCUUUUGUAAUACAGAUCAAUGGGCUUUAACUCUUUAGGCUAAUUUGUUGCCUGUGAAUCCAAUAUGAAAUUAAAUUCAUCUCGCCUUUCAUUAUGUGCCAGAUGAUAGAUAUUAAGCCAGAAUUGUUAACUCGGGUGUGAUGUUAUUUCUGGACGUCUUUAACUGUGGAUGAACUAGAGAGUGCCCAGUCAUGCCCUGUGGGUUACUAUUGAUGUAGUCUUCACCAAACAUUGAUUCAAUUUAUGCAGCCUGAUACAUUUGUUACUUUGCUAGAAUUAGCUUCUACUGUAAGAAUGUCAUCCUUUUCCAUAAGGACUCUUGCAAGUAUGAGCAUUUCCUGAUUCUGUGGCAUAUGCUUUAAAAGGCACCAUUUGAUCCUUGCUGGUGCUGGUUAUGGCAUUGUCAGGGAAUCUUCAUUGACAUUACAGAUCUAUGUAGUAAGUGAGCAUAAAUUGCUAACCCAUGCAUUUGUGCUGUUAAGAAACUAGCUGUCCAACUGCAGUUGAUUGGUUUCAGUUUCUCAAUUAGGAUAAUGAUUUGAUUGUUGCUGGUCUAGGAUAUACCCGACUGUUCCAUCAGGACUGGAAUUACAUCUUUACUGAUAACUGAGCUUGUUCCCUGGCUGCCCGGAAAGUCAUCAUCCAGUUUUUGUAACUUGCAUUUUGCAAAUGGCAACUGAGCCCUUUCCAUUUUACGUAGAAAUUAUUAUUGUCUGUGAGCUUCUAGAUUUGGUGUUCCAUCAGCUAUAGAUGUCAGAACCAUAAUGAUUGAGACUGUUGAUUUGCUAAAUUCUCUCCUUGUUGAAUGUGAUAUCUGUAUCAAAGCCCAUGAAAAAUUUGGCCCUAAUCACCUCUUAGCUGUCACAAAGAAAGUAUCUUGAUUUCACUGUGCAGAUGAAGGCUAGACUAAAUCUGUAACAUUAACAAUAUACAUUGUGCUUUAGGAAUCAGAAAGCAAUUAUUAAUAUAUUCUACAUAAUCAUACAGAUUGAAAAUUGAUUAAAUGAAGUCAACUAAAAACCAUCUUCAAUAUCACGGGCUAGCUUUGAGGGUAUUUCAUACAAUAUCUGAAGGGCUGGCUUGAGGGGAGAAUGACCACCCUAUGUUGGUUUUCCAUCAAAAAAAUCUUGAAAUUCAUUCCGCCUAUUAGAUGCUGCUAGGUCAUGCUCCUGGUGCAUAUUGUUGAUUUUCAUUUGAGGAAGGAAUCUAGAUUAAUUAGUACAGUGCUCUUCUCUUGAAUAAAAGCAUCUGAAUUAUUAACAAUUCACUCAACCAUUUCUGUUACCUUUGAACGUACUCAAUAGAGUCAAUAUGUAUUGCCUAUUUGCAGGUUUUGAUUCCCAAACAAGACAUUGUUAGGUUCUGGUGGGGAAACAAAAUGAGAUCAUUGCAUUACUUCUUUAAUCUUAAUGGAAUUAUAUUCCUAUUGAGAAUCUUGACUAUCUGUGGUAAGUGCAAGAUGCUUCUCUUCAAAGACUAAAGAACACAUUAAGGACAGGUAAUGUAAAUUUCAGAAGCCUACAAGGAUCUCUCUUUAUGUAAUCACAUGACAUUUUGUUUCAUACAUGAUUAAAAUGGCAUAAAUUUGUAUUAGUAUGGUAAUAUGCAUUUCUAUUCUGUCAGCCAAAUGUAAACCAAAAAUAAAAUUACUCUGCACUCUG